AUGGCACCACCACGCGUCCUGUGGAUCUAUCCAUCCCUUUCCCUCCUGUCCUCCCUGCUCCUUUUUCACGCGUUGUCGCCGUGCCGAGCCUUACGGAAUUACCCGGAGAAUGAAGUGACAUUGCUGGACUCCAUGUCAGCCUUGGCCGACCUGGGCUGGGAGGCUUAUCCUAAUGAGGGGUGGGAGGAGAUCAGCGUGAUGGAUGAGAGGAACACCCCGAUGAGGACCUACCAGGUGUGUAACGUCAUGGAAGCCAACCAAAACAACUGGCUGAGGACGCGUCACAUCAGCCGGGAGGGAGCGCAGCGCGUCUACAUCGAGAUCAAGUUCACCCUGAGAGACUGUAACAGCCUGCCCGGCGUUCCCGGCACCUGCAAAGAGACGUUCAACAUGUACUACUAUGAAUCCAACAAUGCCAACCUGUGGUUUAUCAAGGAGAGCCAGUACGCCAAGAUUGAUACGAUUGCUGCAGAUGAAAGCUUUACACAGGUGGAUGUUGGCGAUCGUGUGAUGAAGCUGAACACGGAGGUUCGGGACAUCAGCAACCUGAGUAAAAAGGGGUUCUACCUGGCCUUCCAGGACCUGGGUGCCUGUAUCGCUCUGGUGUCAGUCAGAGUCUUCUACAAGAAGUGUCCGCUCACUGUGCUUAACUUGGCCCAGUUCCCCGACACAAUAACGGGCGGGGACACGGCGCUGGUCGAGGUCCACGGUCUGUGUGUGAAUGCCUCCGAGGAGUUUGAAGCUCCCAAGAUGUACUGCAGUGCAGACGGAGGCUGGCUGGUUCCCAUCGGGAGGUGUGUGUGCAAACCGGGCUUCGAGGAGAACAAGGACGUCUGCCAACCGUGCAGGCCUGGAACCUACAAAGCUUCGGCCACGGAUGCCUACUGCACCAAAUGUCCUCCUCACAGCUCGUCGCCGCAGGAGCAAGCCGUCGAGUGCAUUUGCGAGAAAGGUUUCCACCGUGCUGAGAGCGACCCACGCUCGAUGGCCUGCACACGUCCUCCAUCAGCUCCAGAGAACCCCAUCUCGACAGUGAACGAAACCUGCGUCACCUUGGAGUGGUCGCCGCCCAGAGACACGGGAGGCAGAGGCGACAUCACCUACAGCCUCCACUGCAGGAAGUGCUUCGGCGAUGGCAAGAAGUGCACACCAUGUGGGAGCAGCGUCCACUUUGUCCCCAGACAGAUCGGCCUCUCGUCGGCCACCGUGUUGGUCACCGACCUGCAGCCGGACUCCAACUACAGCUUCACCAUUGAGAGCCAGAAUGGAGUGUCUGACUUGAGUCCAACACCGAGAGGAACGGUCGUCAUAAAUGUGACAACAUCACAGACAGUGAGCGUUGUGUUGAAGGAAAGGCGGAGCAAGGACAGUGUGACUUUGGCCUGGCAGGGACCGGAGAGACCCAAUGGAGCGAUAGUGGAGUAUGAGGUCAUCUACUAUGAGAAGAACCAGCGGGAACAGAACUACACGGUUCUGAAGACUCGCUCCAACAUGAUGACAGUGGACGGGCUGAAGCCAGGGACCACCUACGUGUUCAGGGUCAGGGCUCGAACCGACGGCGGCUACGGGAGCUACGGCGGGGAGAUCGAACUGGAGACCAGCCACGAAGAUGUUCUGGCCAUUGGGGACCCUAACCAGUCCACCAUUCUGGCUGUGUCCAUCGCUGGGGGAAUCGUUCUCCUCAUCUUCCUGGUGACUUGCUUCGUUGUCAGCGGAAGGCAUUGUGGAUAUAUCAAAGCCAAACAGGACCCUGACGAAGAGAAGAUGCAGUUCCAACAUGGCCGAGUCAAGCUUCCAGGCAGCAGGACUUACAUCCAUCCUCACACGUACGAAGACCCCAACCAGGCCGUCAGAGACUUUGCCAAAGAGAUAGAUGCUUCCAAUAUUCGCAUAGAGAGAGUCAUUGGAGCUGGAGAGUUUGGGGAGGUGUGCAGUGGGCGACUGCGUGUGCAGGGGAAGCGGGAGAUCUAUGUGGCCAUCAAGAGUCUGAAGGCCGGAUACUCAGACAAACAGAGGAGGGACUUCUUGUCUGAGGCCUCCAUCAUGGGCCAGUUCGACCACCCGAACAUCAUCAGGCUGGAGGGCGUCGUCACGAGAUGUAAGCCAGUGAUGAUCAUAACGGAGUUCAUGGAAAACGGAUCUCUGGACACUUUCCUCAAGAAACACGACGGCCAGUUCACGGUGAUCCAGCUGGUCGGCAUGCUGCGCGGCAUCGCCUCGGGCAUGAAGUACCUGUCAGACAUGAGCUACGUUCACCGAGACCUGGCGGCUCGAAACAUCCUGGUCAACAGCAACCUGGUGUGUAAAGUGUCUGACUUUGGCCUGAGCCGAGUUCUGGAGGACGACCCAGAAGCUGCCUACACUACAAGGGGAGGAAAAAUCCCCAUCAGAUGGACGGCUCCAGAGGCCAUAGCCUACAGGAAGUUCACUUCAGCCAGUGAUGUGUGGAGUUACGGUAUCGUCAUGUGGGAGGUGAUUUCAUACGGAGAGAGACCCUACUGGGAGAUGUCCAACCAGGAUGUGAUCAAAGCAAUAGACGAGGGCUACCGUCUCCCUGCUCCCAUGGAUUGUCCUGUGGUGUUGCACCAGCUCAUGUUGGAUUGCUGGGAGAAAGGGCGCAGCGACAGGCCAAAGUUUGGACAGAUUGUCACAAUCCUGGACAAACUCAUCAGGAACCCGGCCAGUCUCAGAGAGCUGGCCAACAGCUCAGCAUGCAGGGAGGACCCGUCCACUCCAGAGUUCAGCGUGAGCACAGUGGAUGAGUGGUUGGAGGCCAUCAAGAUGGGCCAGUAUAAGGAGAACUUUUCCAGUGCUGGAUAUGUCAGCUUGGACUCUAUCCUUUACAUCAGUGUCAGUGAAUUAGCUAAGAUGGGGGUGUCCCUGGCCGGCCACCAGAAGAAGAUUUUGUCCAGUGUGCAGAGCCUGCAGACCCAGGGGACGCACGUCCAAGUAUAACAGUUUCCACAUAAACACACAGUGAAACAGAGUCAAACUGGAUGCUCCUGUGAAGAGUUUCCACGCUGACAUGGAGCUGUAAUGGAUACUCUGUGCUUGGGCCUCCAUUGAUUAUGAGACACACUGAGAUGGAGACAACAUGGACGCUUGACUCCUUCACCUUCUCGCAGUUUCCCCCCCCAUUCUUCUUCCCAUGCUCGAUGGGCACUACUGGCUUUAGCACUCAGAGUCCCAGCAACACGAUCACCAUUAUGGAGCAACAGAAAGACACAUUUCCAACAACAAGGCCACACUUAGAGCAUCCCAGACCGUUUCACAUCAUAUCAGUUCAACAAAACGAGAAAAAAAAAAGACUUUUAACAAAAGAAAUGACAAAAAAAAAACAAAUUAGAAUAUAAUUAUCAUCACUGUCUGUGAGGUGUACAGUUGGUUUUUACUGUCAUUUUGUUUGUUUUGACUUUUCACCUUGAAGAGUUUAAAAAGGGUCAGAAGAUAUGUAUGUGUAGAUAUGUGUAGAUAUAUGUUUAUACGGGCUGUGUGUCCCACAACCGUAGAGAUGGACCUAACGUUUGUAUUGGUGGCGAGGUUUAUAUUGCUCAAACCUAACAGGAGUUAUUACCCAGUACAUAAAUGGCCCCUUCCAUUGCUCUCUGUGUACAGAAAGUCAAUGACUGAGCCGAGAUUCUGAAUGACAUGAAUGUGUGGGGAGAGGGGAUCAGAAAAACUGGACCUUUAAAGAUAGAGAGGGAUGUAGAUUUUGCUAGCUUAUUUAGGAUGGAAGUAUGAUUUGUUUAAAUAGUGUAUUUGAUCUGGACAAGGGCUUCCUUAGCGACUGCUCUCAGAAAUACUUCCAUAGCAACUAGACCCAGUGCACCAGUCUGCUUGCACUUAAAUUGUAACUGACUGCAAAGAAACUGCUUCAGGUGCAGUUAACACAGAGUAAAUUUUACUCUGCCACUUCUUUUUUUUCCCCCAGACAACAUUGUCUGUUACAGAUGAUACAGUAUGAUGUUGUCAAGAUUAUCUCAGCCCAAAAGUUUGCCUUCCCAUGUUUCAGGUGUGUGAAGAAAGUUAUAGUGUUUUGUGUAGAGCAAAAGUGACACAAAGGUCAUGAUAGAGUUGACACUGUUAAAAACGUGUUUUUCCAGUGUUGUGCCAUGUACAGUAACCUUGAGAGAUGUUCAUCUAGCCAACAUACCACCAUUCCGACUGUAUGCUUUUCUUUCAUCAGUUCCCAUGGCUGGAUGGUUACACAAGGCCAGUCACAAUAAUUACAGUGUUUUGUGUUUUCCAAAUAGUCUGCUCGAUGAAAAGGAGCAUUGGAAUGGAGCCUUUUUCAGCAAGAUGAAAUAUACGCAGUGUUGAUUUUCAGCUGUGCCACCGCAAGAGGGGAAACUUGACUUGAUUUGUCUGCCUGGUACUGUCUCACUUUCUUGUUAUCAGUCAUGCCAACCUAUUUCGAGCAUCACGUGUUUCAAACCAGUAAAUUUACAAAACAAUGUUUACAGCAAGAAGCAAAUAAAUGUGUUUGUUGGUUUUUUUCCUUAACAGAAGGAAACUGCUGCUUAUCACAUUCAAUGCACAGUUCGAUAUGAAGGGACCCUCAUUGUGUACACUGUAUUAAUGGCACUGAACCUGCUUUUAGUGUAUUCCCAAACCCAGUUUUAAUAUAUGUGGUACUCUAUAGGACCAACAGUGGCAUAAAGUACAGUAUAUAUGAUUGUAUCAUAGUGUAAAAUAUGUACAGCGUUGAUUUCCAAUGUUAGAAUGUUUGUAAUGAUAACAAUGAUGAUGACUAUGAUGUACUUUUAUUGUGAAAAAGAGAUUUCUGAAGUACUAGUUCAGGGUCGGGUCAUACAGGAGAAAAGUGAAGGGAGGUGAUUCGUUGGUCUGAACAAAGGAAUGUAGCAUGGUGCAAAGUUUCAGCUUUGAUGGACAGGUGACAGUGACUGCAGUUUCUACUAUAGCGUUAGAAUGAGUAGAAUGGACUUUCGUUAUCGAUACACUGGCUUCAUGUGCAUAUCCACCUUAAACAGUAAUGACAAGCACUUUUUAACCCUGUCUCUGCUUACAACACAGUUUUUAAAAAGUUUGGGAGAGGGAGGGAGGGAGGGAGGAGGAAUAAAAUAAGGGAACUCAAACUUCUGAUAUCACAAACUGAACACUGGCUAAAGCUUAGCUUAACAAAGGAGACCUAGGCUCAGCAGAUCGGCAUUUCUCCGCAUGCUGAAGUGGUGUGCAUGGAGUGACAGUAAGAGCAUUUAAAGAGUUUAAAGGGCGGUGUUAUUUUGUUCACCUUCCCGAAACCAAAACACAAGCGCAAAAGUGUAAGGAAUGGAUUACACAGCAUCUUUAACUGCUAUUUUAAGCUGCAACUGUUAGCAUGUCUGCUAGCUUUGCAAGUAAGUGUUACUUCCAAGGUCGAGCAUAUCAUCUACUAACUAGCUUAGAGUAGGUACUUUGGCUACAGUUCGUGUCAAAACCAGCACAUGAAAACAAAUAAAUAUGAAACAAGUCGCAAGUCUUGAAACAUCCGAAAGGCAGUCUAAAGACAACUUUUUUAGCUAAUUAAUUAGGCUAAUGUUAGCUUAAACAAUUAGCAACUACAGCUGACAAAAUCUGCCUGUUAUAUCUGUAACUUAAGCCAGUAUUUUGCUAGCUUGAAAUAAGAAGUCUACCUCUGUGAGACAUCUGGGACCCAUUGUUAUGAAAAUACAUUUUUUAGAGAUAAAUCUGCCACCAUUCUUGCCAAUGGCACAGCAUGUGCCAUGUGAGAAUAGAAAUCUUGACAGGCAUAGCAACAGUUACCAAUGGGCGGGGCUUAAUCUACCAAUUGGGGCGGAGCCAAAGAUGCUAGAACAAUUAAAACUUUAACCACAAUAAUGCCUUUUACUUGUGUUUUUUUGUCCUUUUGUUUUAGAAUCGGUAAAAUAACAGUUAAUAUGUUUCAAUGCAGAACAUUUACAAUAACAUAAUCUGUAGAUUAAUUGCUCUUGCAAGCCAGGUUUGCUGUUUUGCCACAUAAGCCACAGAUAAGAACACAAAUUAGGAGAGUCUGAAACUGUUCAUUCUACUCUUGCUAACUCUAUGAUUUCACUCUAGCGGACUACCCAUGACCGCUGGCCUUUUUGAUGCCUUAUUUACCGAGCUAUUGUUCUUUUCUGUUGCCCUAUAGAGGCGAUAUUAAGAGUAAAGUGUAUAUACAGGUAGUAUUUAUCUGUGUUCUUAAGGUGACCUCACAUCAACACCCUGAUUCUGUCACAUCCCAGACGCCCCCCUCCAACAGUACCGCCACUUUGAUUCCUUUAAGCAAAAGAAAGGGAUUUUGUUUUAAAAAUAUAACUUUAAAUCGUACAUCCAAUGACCUGUAGAAGUUGAUGGAGAACAUGACAGUAUCGUUGGUAUUUAUUUGCAAAUUAGGGAUGUGAUUGGCUCACAGUUGGAUCAUUUUGGUUGCAUAAUUCGACGUGCAAAACUCUUCUUAAAUUUUAAGGUUACAACAGCAUUGCAUACUGCCUGAAUAAUAACGGUGAAUUGUGACAAUGUCCUCCCUUUUGCUAUUCAUCACUUCCACUCUAGAAAGUUAUGUCAUACAUCCACUUUAGGUUUCAAUUUUAAAAUCCCAGGUUUCUGUCACUUUUUCACCCUGUCAAGGUUAGCUAUGUGGGCUGGUUUGCUUGAUCUCAAAUGCAGUGUUUGUUUCCAUUUCCCACCAGGUCCGUAUUGUAAAUGUUCACAGGAGAUUCUCAUUUGAGACUUUCAGCUCUGUCUCUCUUUGUCCUCCUCUCUCUCUCUCUCUUUCUUUAGCCACCGUACAAUGCUUAUUUGUCCCCAUGCCAGUUUCCUCUGCGUUGCUUGUUGUAAAGGGUGUAGGCAAUUCUAAUGUCUUUCAUGUUGCUGUAAUAAAUAUGCUAAUAUUUCUAAUUUCUCA